AUUUUUCGUAUUAAAAACGGUUCGUCAUGGAUUUAAAAAUUUAAUAUCAUAUAGUAUGUAGGAAUAAUAUACCAUAAAAAUAGUUAAAUAUGUAGUUACUUUAAUUGUAAUAUUUAAUAUAAAAUUUCCCUAGUACAAGUACUUAAUGCUAUAUACAUUUUAUAAUGUUUCUGUACGAUUUCGAUUCAAAAUUAAAACUUUCAGACAGUAGUAUAUAAUUUUUAAUUAAGAUUUAAUUCUAAAUUUAUUUUCUUAUGAAAUGGAGGAUAAUAUGGAAAACAUAUUGCCAAGUACUAGUAGUAUAAUUCACACAAUACCUCGAACAAGAACAAGGCAACAAUUUAGUUUAUGUGCUAGUUCUGCUCCAGAAGAAGAAUUUGAAGCUUUUGACGCAUUGGAAGAAUUAUUACAUAAAACUUGGACUAUUUUUGGAGUUUCCACUUUAUUUAAUUUUUAUCAAGAUGAAGUAUAUUUGAAACAAUAUGCAAAACGAUUAAGAGAAGAAAUUGCAAAAAAUUUAUCACAAGAAGAUGUUACAUAUGAUACAAAAUUCUGUGUUAUGGAAAACAUAUCAUUAAGACCUAGUCCACUAGAUCCACCACCAAUAAAGAUUGAAGUUUAUUCUGAAAGUAACAAUAAUGAAACAAAUUCAAAGAAAUGUAUUUAUAAAGCAGUACUUUUAUCAUGGAGAACAACCAAAAGUAAAUUAACUACUAAUUCUAUAAGAUUACCUCUCUUAUUAUGUCGUGGCACAGUUGGUGCUAUAAGAACUGUCCAUAAUGUGUUAAGUCAUAUGUUUGAUUGCAUGAUUAUUGCAUUACCUGUACAUGAGGAUGAUUUAAUAUGGCUUGUUCCAAUUAUAAUUACUCCAAUAAAUAAAGAAAAACAAACAAAGAGCGCAGAUGAAAUUCGUAUGGAAUAUAGAAUACCAGAACUAAAAAAUACGGAUACAAUUACAAUCAAGUUUCUAAUUUUGGAUUUAAUAAAAAUAUUAACAUUAAUUAUAAAGGAUCAAGAUGAUGAAACAAAUCUUGAAAUUGCUUUUAAUCUAGAGCAUAUAGAAAAAUUUCGUGAACUUUUAUAUUCUGAAAUGUUAAAAGUUGCUGGUUUUGAAUUAGGACUAUGUACAUUAUACAAGAUUCAUCUUCCUACAAUUACAAUAAUGGAAAACAGGAUGAAAGUAAUGAACACAGAUACUAUGAAUCGUAUUCUGUUAUAUUUAAACGAAAAAGCCCUUGAUACGUUUCACACAUUAAAUCUUGAAAUUUAAAUUUUGUAACAUAUUGGUAAUGUUUAUAACAGUCUUUCUGCAAUAUGUGUAUUUAUUUUGUUUUUAAUGUAGUUUUCUAAGUUUUAAAACAUCACAGAUUGUGUAAAACAUUAUUGUUAAAUUUCAAAUACUAUUGCCAAUCAAUUUGUAUAACAUAAUGCAAAUUAUAUUCGUAAAAUAUAGUACUAUUAAUAUCUUUUA